CGGUCUGACGGUCAGUACACAACGAAACGUGGAAGUGUGUAAUGGUUGCUCUCCGUUAUGGCAUCUUUGAAGGCGGACAAUAUUACUGAGGAUGAAGAAAUACAACUUCAAUGGGAAGACAUCCUGGUUCUGGUCUUGUACUUCGUUUUCGUGCUCGCUGUGGGCUUGAUUUCGUCGUGGAGAACCAAGCGGGGCAGCGUCUCCGGAUAUUUCCUCGCCUCCCGCAAAAUGCACUGGAUACCCGUGGGCUCGUCGCUGUUUGCCAGCAACAUUGGAUCAGGUCACUUUAUUGGACUGGCAGGGUCAGGAGCCGCCUCAGGUAUAGGCAUCGGUGCCUUCGAGUUAGACGCCAUCUUCGUGCUGAUGUUAUUGGGAUGGGUGUUCGUGCCUGUGUACUUGAGCUCUGGGGUAUACACCAUGCCAGAGUACCUCAGAGAGAGGUUUGGCGGCCAGAGGAUAAGGGUCUAUCUCUCCUGCCUCGCUAUUAUCCUUUCAAUCUUCACCAAAAUAUCGGCUGACUUGUACGCGGGGGCGCUGUUCAUCCAGCAGAUGUUGAACAAGAACAGCGUUGAGUGGAUGUACCUCAGCAUCAUGAUUCUUCUGGCCAUCGCUUCCAUCUUCACCAUCACUGGAGGACUCACGGCCGUCAUUUGGACUGAUUUUGUGCAAACUAUCCUCAUGGUUGUCGGCGCCUGUAUCCUUAUGGGCAUGUCCUUUUAUGAGGUGGGUGGGUACGAUAGAUUGGUGGAGGACUACUUUUACAGUGUACCGAACAAGACCAGAUUCUCCACCAUAGACAACACCACCAACUGCGGGGAGCCUCCAGCUUACGCCAUGAACUUUAUCAGGUCUAUUGAGCCUGGGGUAUCUGACUUGCCCUGGACUGGUAUGUUCUUGGGCAUCACAAUCUCCAGCAUCUGGUAUUGGUGCACCGACCAGGUUAUCGUACAGAGGACGCUUUCUAGCAGAAAUAUGCUUCACGUCAAGGGUGGCUGUGUUCUGGCCAGUCUCCUCAAGUUCCUGCCUCUCUUCAUGCUAGUUUUCCCAGGGAUGGCAGCCAGGAUACUCUACACUAACAAGGUGGCCUGUGUCGUGCCCGAGGAGUGUAAGAAAUAUUGUGGCAGUGAGACAGGUUGCACCAACAUUGCCUACGUUGAACUUGUCCUUAAUCUGCUGCCUGCAGGAUUGUCAGGGUUGAUGCUGGCUGUGAUGAUGGCAGCCCUCAUGUCGUCUCUCACUUCCAUUUUCAACUCCUCUUCCACUAUUUUCUCUAUCGACAUUUGGACAAGAAUCCGCAAGAAGGCGACAGACGUGGAGUUGUUGAUCGUUGGGCGAGUGUUCGUGUUGGUGAUGGUGGUGGUAUCCGUCAUAUGGAUCCCAGUCAUCCAAAACUCGGCGAAUUCUCAGCUGUUUGUGUACAUCCAGAGUAUCUCAUCCUUCUUGUCUCCACCCAUCUGCGCCAUCUACCUCCUCGCUAUAUUCUGGGAACGAACCACCGAGCCUGGAGCCUUCUGGGGUCUCAUUGUCGGGCUGGUCAUUGGAAUGAUCCGCUUCAUCAUGGAGUUCGCCUUUGUUGUCCCCGUGUGUGGAAGCGAGGACCAGGAUAAGA